AUGGCUCCUAUGCGGCAGGCGCUUCCCCAACUCUUCCGGGCCAUCAUCGUCCUUGCCGCGUGUUUCAAUUGUCUGCAGGAACAUGGACAGGGAACGGGCACAGACCCAGAAAGCCUGAGCCAUGAAACCGGGCAAACCACGGAUGCUCCGAAGCCUCCGACAGCUCCAAAGUCUCCAGUCCGAGCUCUGAUGGCUGAAUCUUCCUUCAUGGAGCCAUCGGAGCCAUGCCAUCAUCGGCGAGAUGUGAUGAAGUUGGAGAAGCUGCUUGAGGUCCUAAGACGAGAGAUUGUGCGAGGCCACUCCGCAGAUGUCUGGUCCCUUCUAGGCAAGUGGGGCGCGCCUGAUACAUAUGUGCACAACUUGGACAACUUGACCUACGACGGCUAUCCACAAAUCCAGUGCAGUGACUUAGAUUUCCUGGCAAGGCACAAAGUGAGAUUCGAGGAGUCCAUCUAUGACCAUGUCUAUCAAACACGCUAUGCAAACAUUUCAUACAUGACGGUUUUGGAGCUUGCUCUACAUAUGACCAGAGGUGCAAAUCAGAGGGCUUUGAACAUGGCCAUGAAUCGGAAUGAAGUGGCUGUGGGAAUACAGGAUAAUCGGAUUGAAGAGCGUGUCGCCAUCAUUCGCAUUUUGUUGGAGAAGGGCUUUCUGUGGGGAAGUGGAGACUUGGUGUGUAAGGUUGUUCCCUUCGAAAGCGGUUAUCAAACCAUCGUCAGACAGGCAUUCGCGCGCACCAUAUUGCAUGACUUGGUGCGCGACUCGAUCCACUUGAACCGAACUCGCAUUAACUUCCUUCUUCAAUCUUGUGGUGGAAAGGGCAUGGAUGGUGUGGUGUGGAUCUUGGGUGAAGCUCCAGGGGCCUUCAGUCUUCCCGGCCUGUUGAGUCGAAGGACGGUGUUGAUGAACGCAGCCCAAGAUGAUGAUCUCAACGACACCUUCAUCAACUUCCCAGAACUCAUCAAUCUCUACAAGGUUCUGCAGGCACCUCUCACAACUGUGGACCAAGACGGUUGGAAUGCAGAGAUGCAUGCUGCCCGUGCCCUCAAGAAGGAACAUGUCAACUUGCUGAAGAAAACCACUUUGGAGACGUGGCAACAAGAGGCCAGACAUGGCUUCAGCAUCUUGUUCCUCGGGGAAAAUGUCUCAGACAAGUUGGCCGAUGCUUGUGUCUGGGUGGCCGUUCAUGUCAACUACCUAGUGUACAUUGGUGCUUCCUUCUUUAUGUGCUGCGCGCUCUUUGACGCCUCUCUCUUUGUGUCCAAGAUGUACAAUGGGCGCAGCCUGGACCGCUUGCUUUCUUCGCUGCGAGUUUUCUCAAGGUGCAGCUGCACAUUUCUCUGCGCUGAGAUGCUUUUGAGGGUUCUGUGGCUGCUCACCCUCAACACCGCAUUUCUGAACAUGCCUCCGGUGAUCACAAUUGCCUGGGAAAGACAGGUAAAUCCCUUCGAAAUCCCUGCUGUGAGCAAAUGGAAUCCACUCCCUGUGACGGUGCACGCGAUCUACUCUCUUUGUUUGGUUUUGGUUGCGAUCUUCGGGGUGCCGGACUAUUUGUACGUUCGUUCUAAGUCAGAGGCUAAUGAUUCCCCCACACCGGCAGCUCCCGAGGACAGAUACCAAGACCCGACCUGCCACCUUCUCGGAUGCAUUUGUGUCUUUGGUCUUAUGACCCUCCUCAUGAUCAUUUACCUCCAGAUUGUGCUCAGGCCGCUGGAGAUGGAUCCCAAGAAGAUUGGCUUGUGGUUUGGGUCACUCUUGGUUCAGAUCAAGAUCACCAUGGAUGACACCCUGUCUCCCGAAGCUAGGCUUGAUCUCCAAAGGGCCUUCGACCCAGAUGCUCCAAGCAACAUUCCGGGUCAUAGGGACUAUCAGCCAUUGCAGAAUGAAAGCGAAGCAAGGGAAGAGAGCUCCCUGCAAGAUCGCUACCAGGCGGUGAGGCAAAUGAUGCACCACUGGAAUCGAUGGGCAUGUUGCAUGGUAACCCCGUUUAACACAAAGAUGUGGCACUUGCUGAUGUUUUCCCACAAGAGGAAGAUCCACAUCAGCGGCGGAAAGGGUCCCGCCGAAGGUCGAUGGUGUCAGGUGGAGAUCGCCUGUCGCUUUGCCAUGUCUUACAUCUCGAACGGACUCUACAAGGCCAUCAUCGUCUACACCUUGCCACUGUGGCUAUCUCGAGGUGGCCUCACAGAUUUUGUUCUGAACGCCUUUGCCACGGUGUACAUCGUAGAACUGGACGACCUUGCCAAUCGUGAUGAGUGGAAGUUGUUGCCGGAUGUAGAGUUUGUUCGUCUACGCUCCAAGUCCAAGCAAAGUACCACCAGCUCGACAGCCACAGCCUCAACAGGCUUAACGGGCCUGACAGGCUUGACAACACUCGAGUCUGUAUAG